UAUGGUGCUAUUGGCUGGCAAGGAUUUAUUACCCUUUUUUCCAAUAGCAGGGCCUGGGCUUUUGCAGCAGCAGGAUCUGUGUUCUCUCUCCGCUGCCACUGGGAUGGCCCCAGUGGGCACUAGGGGCUGCGUGGGGAGAGCCGUGGAGCUGUAGGUGACCUCGAGUUUGCUAUAGCCAUGGAAUAACAGAACCGACGUUCUGUGGUCCCGUGAGGAUGAGGAUGAUUCUGUGGUGUUUCCAGGCCAAAAAAGAGGAGGAAGAGGCUCUCUGCAUCUACUGGAAAGUAGUGGCCGAGAGCGGCAGCUGGUCUCCGGACGGCUGCACCGCCGUGCACACGAACAGCACUCACACCACCUGCAGCUGUGACCAUCUCUCCAGCUUCGCCGUCCUAAUGGCUCCCAUCGCAGUGACGGAGAGUUCCCCACUGACCAUCAUCACCUACGUGGGACUGACCCUCUCCCUGCUGUGCCUCUUCCUCGCCAUCCUCACCUUCCUCCUGUGCCGCUCCAUCCGCAACGUCAGCACCUCCCUCCACCUGCAGCUCUGCCUCUGCCUCUUCCUGGCCGACCUUCUCUUCCUCACCCAGGUGACCCGCAUCCGCACUCAGGUGGCAUGUGCUGUCAUUGCUGGCCUCCUACACAACCUCUUCCUGGCCUGCUUCACCUGGAUGUUCCUGGAGGGGCUGCACCUCUUCCUCACCGUCAGGAAGCUGAAGGUCGUGAAUUACACCAGCGCCAGCCGGUUCAAGAAGAGAUUCAUGUACCCGGUCGGCUAUGGAUUCCCAGCCCUGGUGGUGGCUAUUUCUGCAGGGGUGAAUCCUGAAGGCUACGGAGCUUCCACACACUGCUGGCUCAGCCUGGAGAGAGGCUUUCAUUGGAGCUUCCUGGGUCCAGUCUGUGCCAUAAUCCUGAUAAAUAUAAUGUUCUUUGGGCUGACCCUGUGGAUCCUGAGAAACAGACUCUUCUCCCUCAAUGCAGAUGUGUCUACUGUCAGAGACCACAGGAGCUCUCAGAGUUUCGCUUUUUCAAAUACGGUGAAUGUGGCUCACUCCGAACAAGGACGAGCUCGGACUUUCAUCCGCCUCCAGUGUCAGAGCAGCCGCCCCAGAACAGCUCUGGCUGCCAAUGUCUGCUUGAAACAUACUGCCGGCUCCCAGGGAGGCUGAGCAAAGAGAAGGACAUCAGUCUCUUGUGCCUUCUGGAGACCAGAGCAAUGGCUCAGCCCACAAAUUAGUGGUAGCGAAGUGAGAACCAGUGCAAAGGGACUCUUUAAACAUGCAAGGCCAGGCGCACCAAUGCUACCCAGCCCUGUUGUGCUUCGAUGGGGCAGAGGAGCCACAAUCAGGUGGCAGAUCAUUCCCGUGGCAGAGCGUA